AUGUUGGAAGGGAUUGCUAUUUCAGGCAGCUGGACUACACCUGGGCAACGGGCUGAUGAGUCGGUGCCAAGAACCCGCGAGCGACAUAAAAGACCCGGUGUGCGGGACAUCGCGAAGCUUGCGGGGCUGUUCCCGAAUCAGGAUUCACAAGUCCUAUCCAUGGCUGGAUUUUUUUCCAACCAAGACGCAAGCGUCGACGCAGAACCUGACCCAAAGCUGUCCAUUAAUUUGAACGGAUUCGAAGGCAUGGAACUCCUCGCAGUUGCGCAGACUUGUAGUCAAUCUGAUCGAAUUCCUGCGGCUACAGACGUCGAAAUCAGUACCCUGAACGUAAUUACACCAGCACCGGGAAUGCAUUUGUCGAACGCUUGA